CACGAAUUCUUUCAAAUGAAAAGGAUCAUUGAAACUUAAUAGAACAAAACGUAAUGUAAUAUAAAUAAUAUGAUAACUAAAUUAAAUAACAAUAUUAUAGGUAAAGAGAAUCUGGUGACCAUCAAAGCCGUCAAAGCCACGAGAAUCCAAAUCCAAAUCCAAAUGUCUUUCAAACGAGAAGGGACAGAUACAUCGCUGCUUCAGGAUUUGCAGCGGCGCAGGAUUAGUGAGCUGCUUGUCGGUCACAUUCCCGAAGAUGAAGCGUUACUCCUCAAGAACGGAAAGUACGCGUGCACGCUAUGCCAGCACCGCCCGGUCUUGGACACCAUCGAAAUGCUGGCGAACCACAGGAAAGGAAAACGGCACUUAACGAGUUUGACGCGACACCUCGCACACUUGAAAUGGAGGGAGAAAGAGCUACAGAGGAGGACACAGGCAGCGACCACGCUUGUUGAUCCGGAAGGCACCGAGGAAGUGCCCACAUCGUCGAAAGUGCUGGGAUCUGCAGCUGCCAAGGGAUCGAAGAGAGCGCCAAGGCUGAAGCUGAUGAAGUCAGCACCUUACAACAGCUGCUGCAAGAAGAAAAGUGAAAGGGCGUCCUCCGGCGAGGGGACAGGAACUGCAGCUGCUGUACCAAGCAAGGUGGAGAAUCCUUUGAUCAAGGCCUACCUCAAGGACAGCCGGCGUAAGAGGGACUUCCUUGGUGUGGUGGAAAGGACAAAGCGCAACCCGGGACAGCGUGCCAAUAAGUCAAGCUCUUUGCACGACACAUGCGACGCCGCCAAAGACUUCGUUGACACCACAAAGCAUGCUGCGUCACGGGCAAAGCCCACGCCCAAACCGGAAAGUACGGCGCCGAGCGAAGAGGAGACGAAGCAACGAGAAAAGGCCAACUAUUUUCUCAACCUGAGAAUGUCAGGCUGGAAGCUGAAUCCCGACGGCAAGUGGGUCAAGGAUGAGAAUGUCGAGUUCGACAGCGAUGAAGAUGAACCUCCAGAGUUUAAAGGGUGACAUACAGAACUAGGUUUGUAUCUUUAAAUGCCCAUUGAAUGUUGUAACAGAUGUUCUGCUGGAACUAAGGUGAAUAUGCGUGGCUGACAACAUUGAUAAUGGGUCUCCUUUCCACGACUUUGGCCUUAUAAAAAAAUCUUAAAGAAAGCUGCACCCGCUUGUUUUUGUAUUGAUGUCUAGUAUGUGGAGGUACUACCAUUAUAUGCUCGACUCUAGUCUAAGGUCGUUCAUCAACAGUGUAAUAUGUUCAGAUUUAGUGGAGUUGUUUUGGAAGUUUUGCCUUUAUCAUAAGCAGGACGCCGGUAACAAACUUGGCGGGCAGAAAACAAAAUAUUGGUCCUGUUCCAUCAACAACCACAGAGAUGAAGCAUAAUGCAAGGUGCAAAAAACAACACACACAAGGAAGAAGACACACACAUAGGUGCCUGUGUGUGCCUUCUUCCUUGUGUCCAUUGCGUUUUGCAUCUUGCACCAUGCUUAUUUGUUCACCAACUAGACCAAUUACAAGUUCUACAACCACAGAGAUAAAUACUUCACAAUUUCUCUUGGUAUAUAAAGUUGCGAUCAUGCUGUAAUUGUUCUUGCUCCCCUCUAUGUAUACGAUGAGACAGCCUAUCUGAAAAUAAUGGUGUCUGACUUGGAAUGCUAACAUUAUUAUACCACUACACACACACACAUAAUCUCUCGCUUGCGACAUUUCUGUGCGGGGGUGCAAGCGUCGUCGUUAGGGUAUACAGUGUUUGUAAAUGACUACUGCAGGGCAAGCAAAAGGUACGGACAUAUUUUAGCAGCUUGUUUACCUGGUGUCUUGUUAGAGAAUGUUCCAUUCCUCUAUUCCACUCCGAGUUAAAAUAAAAUCCCAUGUUUUUGUUGGUCGCAGGCAGGGAUAGGCAGUACAGUUGAACCUCGAUUUAGCGAAGUCACCAGGACCCCCUAAUUAUUUCGUUAAAUCGGGAACUUCGUAAAGUCGAGAAAGACAUUCUUCGGGAUAGGCUGCGCGGGGAAUCCGAAUUUGUUCGUUAAAUCGGGAAACUCGUAAAAUCGGGUUUCGUUAAAUUGAGGUUCAACUGUAUUUCAAAUACCAGUAUUUGAAAUAUGUAUUUCAAAUACUUUGUGUAUUUUGCAUUUGUAUUUAAUUACAAAUUGGGUAAUGUAUUUGACGUGUGUAUUUAAAUACUAAAACGUGGGUAUUUAAAAUAGAAUUGUAAUUAAAUACACUUUUGUGAGCGAAAAUACAUCCCUCAAAUUUAUUGUCGCUGUCCAGAGCAGGAAGAAAACUACGUUCUGCACCGAAUGCAGUGUCUCUCAAUCAAGCACAAGCGUUUAGUGACUUUGUGAUUACGGUGCUCAGGGCAAGAAUAGUGACGAAAUCGACGUUCACAGGCAGACUGGCUAAAUAAGUGCCUGUGACAACUUGUGAUGCUUUCCAGCCUGAUUUCCAUCCAUAUUUUUGCCUGGAACAUUCUAAAUGCGCGGGUCGUCCAGAUUUUCGUAACUGGUGCGAGUUGCAACAAUAAAAAAUUCUCUAGCUAGUGCUGCGCGUCUUGGUUUUCUCGGUUCUUUGUGGGUAUAUACCAAAAUGUAAUCAACAAAAAAGCUGCUUUAAGCUCUACUUUUUUCACCUAUUACG